AGCUUUCAAUCAUGGGUUCGCCAGUCUUGUUCCUUCUACUCUCUUUGGCAUUUUCUUUCCCACUUUCAUCUUCAGCAGUUAUCAUCAGUAAAGGCACAUCCUUAUCAGUAGAGAAACCAGAUAUUCUAACGUCGCCAAAUGGCGACUUCUCUGCUGGCUUUUAUUCCGUGGGUGAUAAUGCCUAUUGCUUUGCCAUAUGGUUUAGCAACUCACGCACCGUAGUUUGGAUGGCAAACCGUGACCAGCCAGUAAAUGGAAAGCGCUCAAAGCUCUCCCUCCUCAAUACUGGCAAUCUCAUCCUAACUGAUGCCACUAAGUCAAAUGUCACCGUUUGGGCCACAAACACUGUCUCACUCUCCUCAGUCCAAUUAUUUCUCAACGACACCGGUAAUCUUGUUCUACGUAACAAGGAACGUGUUUUGUGGCAAAGCUUUGACGUCCCUACAGAUACCCUUCUUCCUGAACAACGACUCACUAGAAACGCAAAACUUGUCUCCUCAAGAAGCCAGACCAACAUUUCCUCUGGUUUCUAUGAGCUUUCCUUCGACAACGGUAGCUAUCUUGUCGUUGUUUAUAAUGGUCCUGAUGUUUCCGGUAGUUAUGGGUAUUAUUCAGGGCUUGGGUAUUACAAUAGUAGCACACUUGUCUUUAAUUCCUUAGGGAAUUUUAGUACAUUCGAUGAUUUAAUAAUUAUGUCAGCGGACUAUGGAGCAGUGCUUCAUAGAAGAUUGACACUUGAUUACGAUGGUAAUAUUCGAUUGUACAGUUGGGAAGAGAAGGGGCAAACUUGGGUUGUUACAUGGCAAGCCGUGCAGAAACCUUGCGAGAUUCCUGGUGCUUGUGGGGCCAACAGUUUGUGCAGUUAUGUUAUUGGUUCCGGCCGGAAAUGUUCCUGCCCUCCAGGAUAUAAGAUGAAAAGUCGUAGCGAUUGGGCUUAUGGCUGUGAACCCGAAGUUCAUCUAAUUUGCAACAGAAGUGAGCCAGAAUUUUUGCGGUUAUCCCAAGUUGACUUUUACGGGUAUAAUUUCACAAUCUUCAAUAAUCACACCUUUUAUCAAUGUAGGGAAGUAUGUUUGGCAGCAUGUGAUUGCAAAGGUUUCCAAUACAACGAUAACACUUGUUAUCUGAAGACACGAUUGAUGAAUGGAUAUCGUUCACCAGAUUUAUGGGGAGAUAUCUAUUUGAAACUUUCAAAAAGCAAAAUCUUGUCCGGCGACAAUCCUCUACAAGAAUUCAGUUUAAAUUGCUCAAGUGUUGGUACGCUACAAAGCAGUAAAAAUGGUGAUAAUGGUACAGUGAAAUUCAUGCUCUGGUUUGCUGGUGGAGUGGGUGGACUUGAAAUCAUCUGUAUCUUUGUGGUGUGGUGUCUCUUGACUAGAACCCGAAAACGUUUAGGUGUUCAUGACAAGCAAGGCCACGCUAUUGCUGUCAUUCGAUUAAGAAAAUUUACCUACGCUGAAUUAAAAAAGGCCACAAAGGGUUUUGCUAAGGAGAUUGGAAGAGGUGCAGGGGGAAUUGUAUACAAAGGGGUGUUGUCUGACAAUCGAGUUGCAGCAAUCAAGCGCCUCAAUGAAGCCAACCAAGAUGAAGGUCAAUUUCUAGCAGAAGUAAGCAUCAUUGGAAAGGUUAACCACAUGAACUUAAUAGAGAUGUGGGGGUAUUGCGUUGAGGGAAAGUAUAGGCUUUUGGUUUAUGAGUACAUGGAGCAUGGCUCUUUAGCAGAUAACCUCUCUGCCAAUGUACUUGAUUGGGAGAAAAGAUUCGAAAUUGCCAAGGGAACUGCGAAAGGCCUAGCCUAUUUGCAUGAGGAUUGUUUAGAUUGGAUUUUACACUGUGAUGUAAAGCCUCAAAAUAUACUUUUGGACUCGAAUUAUCGACCAAAGGUGGCAGAUUUUGGCCUGUCAAAGCUACAAAACAGAAAUGCCCUUAAGAAUUCAAGUUUCUCAAGAAUAAGAGGAACUCGAGGUUAUAUGGCUCCAGAGUGGGUUUUAAAUUUGCCUAUCACCUCCAAAGUAGAUGUUUUUAGUUAUGGGAUUGUUGUGUUGGAAAUGGUAACUGGAAAAUGUCCAUCAAGAAGUGUUUUGGUUGUAGAUGAUGGAGGGGAGGCAGAGCACAAAAGGCUGGUGACAUGGGUGAGGGAAAUAAUGAACAAAGUGGCUGCAAAUACUUCCUCACUUGAAGAGAUCGUUGAUCCAAUGUUAGAAGGGAAAUAUGACAUGGGCAAGAUGGAAAUUUUGGUUUGGGUAGCUCUACAAUGCGUGAAAGAAGACAAAGAUGAAAGACCUACCAUGAGCCAAGUAGUUGAUAUGCUCUUACCUCAAGAACAAGAUUCAGUGAUAGUGACUACGAACUCAUGGCCUACUAUAUAUGAUAUGUCUAGUGGCAACCUAAUUUCUCUCCUAAGGCAAGCAUACUUCAUACUUGUGAACCUGUUAUUCAACAAAUUGAAGUCUUUCCAUGGAAUUUAG